AUGGUGUCCAAGAAACCCUCGUCCUCAUCAUCUCGAGCAGCGGCACCUGCAGCAUCCACAGUGCCCCCAUCGCAACUGGGUCUGACAGAUGGCGAAGAAGUUGCAACCUUCCAGCGACACCAGCACGUUGCAUUGUCGAGAGCAAACAACAAUGCGCGCACUGCAGCUGCGAAUGGAAGAGUCUUGGUCGACGCGAGUAGUUUGCAGCUGCUAGCCAACCACUUCGAUCACGUCAUGGCUGGUAUACAGCAGAGAGCCAAUCUUCUUGAAGCAUCUACUGACAGAAUCGUGUCUUGGAGNUUGACCCGCGAAACACAAGCGUCAGUGCAAAGACAGAGCUCGAGAGCCAUCGCCUCGAUCCAGGCUGCCAACGCAGAGAUCGCUCGGGUUCAUGCCUUACUGAGACAGAUCGAUGAACUCGAGACCGAAUUCGACAAGAUAAGACGUAUUCGCGACAUCGUGGCAGCUUUCAGGAGUCGAGUGGAGGCCCUGGAGAGGAGAGUGAGAUGA